AUUGGGCGUGUUUUCUGGAGUGACUCUGUGGCAGGAGGAAGCCACAUGUGAACAGACUGAGAAGGAGGCCAGGCCCAGAGAAUCUGGGUACUUCUGGCCCACAGCCAUGUCACACAGUGAACGUUCAUCUUAGCAUCAAGGUUUUGGUGCUGGGGCUCAUGACCUCAUGAAGGAUGCUCUAGAAAAAAGAAGACUCAUCAACUCUCCCAAAACCAGACCACGGAAGCAGCUACUCACUUUACCCACAUGCAACAAGCCUUGGGCAUCACUUUAGUUAACCAGUGAAAACAGCAUAAUAUUAUUAUAGGUGGAUGCACAGUUGGAGGGUGUUUGUGUAAGCAUGGCAUCUUCUCAUCGUGGGCUGUCUGUACACUUAGCUUUGUUUCACUUAGUUCCCAGUUACUUCUGAGACACGAACUACCCGUCAUGUCUGCACUAGCCCCAGUACAUCUUCAACAGAUCAUGCUUUUCCAACAACUCUGUCUUGAGCAGACAGAAGCAAGAAGGACGUAGCGAGUCCAAGUGGGUGUGACACCGCACUCUUCACCUAAACUGGAGCACAGACUGAAUUCAUCUGCAGGUUUUCCUACGAGGCCUCCUUUACUCUGAAAGAAUGGGAAACAAGCAGAAAAAGUGGGGCGGGUGGGGUCUUGGAAGUCUACCUUCUACGGCUAGCUUUCUGAGAAGGGUGAAGUCCACCAGGAUUGAGGCAGGGUGCUGGGGUGAGACAAUGCAGAGUGGGUUUAAGCUUAGGUAGUUGUUUGUGGAUUUCUCACAACACUCUCAGAUUUCAGAGAAAGCAAGAGGAGGUAUAGGCUGCAUCCUGGCUGAGCCAGCUUCAAAGCCAGGGCUGGUGGGAGGUGAGGAAUCGGAUUAGAGGAGGCCACACAGGGCUCUGGGCUUUAAAAGGCCCUAAAGCAGAAACUCUCCACCCCCAGCUGUCCUUGCUGGGGCUCAAGGCUGCCUGCUUCCACUCAGGGAGAAUUUUUAGUUGUUUCCACCUGGCUCCUUUCUGUUCACUUCUGUAGCUGGUAUCGGAAAGGGUUUCUGCCUAGAGCCGGGAGGCGAAGCUUACUACAACUAUGCCUUGCCCAUCCCAGAGCUCCGAUGAGCUGGUGUUCUUUGUGAACAGGAAGAAGGUGACAGAGAAGAAUGUGGACCCAGAAGUCACUCUGCUGGCCUUCCUGAGAAAGAACUUACGCCUCACAGGAACCAAGUACGCCUGUGGGACAGGAGGCUGUGGGGCCUGCACUGUGAUGGUGUCUCAGCACGACCCGGUGUCCAAGAAGACAAGACACGUCUCUGUCACGGCGUGUCUGGUGCCCCUGUGCUCCCUGCAUGGGGCUGCUGUCACCACCGUGGAAGGAGUAGGAAGCGUCAGUACCAGGCUUCACCCCGUGCAGGAGAGAAUCGCCAAGAGCCACGGUACCCAGUGUGGAUUCUGCACCCCUGGGAUGGUGAUGUCUAUGUACACACUGCUCAGGAACCACCCGCAGCCCUCAGAGGAACAGCUCAUGGAAGCCCUGGGAGGUAACCUGUGCCGCUGCACUGGGUAUCGGCCAAUUCUGGAGAGUGGCAGGACCUUCUGCCUGGAGCCAAAUGGUUGUCAGCAGAAAGGACCAGGAAAAUGCUGCUUGGAUCAGAAAGAAGACGAUUCACUUGGAGGCAAAAAUGACAUUUGCACGGAACUGUUUGUGAAAGAGGAGUUCCGGCCCCUGGACCCGACCCAGGAGCUCAUAUUUCCCCCAGAACUCCUGAGGAUGGCUGAGAACCCAGAAAAGCAAACCCUGACCUUUUCCGGAGAGAGAAUUACCUGGAUCUCCCCAGGAACCCUCCAAGAUCUUUUGGCGCUGAAGGCAAAGUACCCUGAAGCCCCUCUCGUUUCCGGCAACACAUCUCUGGGACCAGCUAUGAAAUCUCAAGGACACUUUCACCCAAUUCUCCUCUCUCCUGCUGGAAUUCCUGAUCUAAGAGUGGUGACUAAGAACAGUGAUGGACUGACCAUCUUGGCUGAGAGCAUCUCUGAACUCCCGGAGGAGAAAACGCAGACCUACCGAGCUCUCCUGAAACACCUCCGGAGCCUGGCAGGACAGCAGAUCCGGAAUAUGGCGUCCUUAGGUGGACACAUUAUCAGCCGGCACUGCUACUCAGACCUGAAUCCUAUUCUCUCUGUGGGGAACGCCACCCUCAACCUGCUGUCAGAAGAAGGCACGCGGCAGAUUCCCCUCAACGGACAUUUUCUCGCUGGGUUGGCGAGCGCAGACCUGAAACCGGAGGAGAUUUUGGGAUCUGUGUACAUCCCUCACUCUCAAAAGUGGGAGUUUGUGUCCGCCUUCCGGCAAGCCCAGUGCCGUCAGAACGCUUUGCCUGAUGUGAAUGCGGGCAUGAGGGUCCGGUUCAGAGAGGGCACAGACACCAUUGAGGACCUGAGCAUCGCCUACGGAGGGGUGGGGCCCACCACCAUCAGCGCACAUGAAUCCUGCCAGCAGCUCCUCGGCAGGCACUGGAAUGCCCUCAUGCUAGACGAGGCUUGCAGGCGGCUUCUGGAUGAAGUCUCCCUCCCGGGCUCAGCUCCGGGGGGCAAAGUGGAGUUCAAGAGGACUCUGAUGGUCAGCUUCCUCUUCAAGUUCUACCUGGAGGUUCUGCAGGAGCUGAAGAAGAGAAAAAUAAAGCUGUCCUCGGAGUCCGCCGACAGCCAGCGUCGUCCAGGGAUUGAAGCGAGGCUCCUGAGCGCUCUGGAAGACUUCCAGGUCACACUCCCCCAGGGAGUCCAAACAUACCAGAGAGUAGAUCCUCGCCAACCUCUCCAGGAUCCAGUUGGACGUCCCAUCAUGCAUCUGUCAGGUCUUAAACAUGCCACAGGGGAAGCCGUAUUUUGUGAUGACAUCCCCAGGGUGGACAAAGAACUUUUCAUGGCUUUGGUGACCAGUACCAGGGCUCAUGCAAAAAUCAUCUCAAUCGAUUCAUCGGAGGUCUUGGCCCUACCUGGCGUGGUUGAUGUAAUAACAGCUGAAGACAUUCCAGGCACCAAUGGUGAUGAGGAGGACAAAUUACUGGCUGUAGAUGAGGUGCUCUGUGUGGGUCAGAUCAUCUGUGCUGUGGUCGCAGAGACUGAUGUUCAGGCAAAACGAGCCACUGAAAAGAUGAAAAUCACCUACGAGGAUCUGAACCCUGUGAUUUUCACCAUCGAGGAUGCCAUAAAACACAAUUCGUUCCUGUGCCCUGAAAAGAAGCUCGAGCAAGGAAACAUUGAGGAGGCAUUUGGAAACGUGGAUCAGAUAGUUGAAGGAGAGGUCCAUGUUGGAGGGCAAGAACAUUUCUACAUGGAAACACAGAGAGUGCUCGUUAUUCCAAAGACAGAAGACAAAGAACUGGACAUGUAUGUGUCCACACAAGAUCCAGCCCACGUGCAGAAAACAGUAUCUUCUACUUUAAACAUCCCCAGCAACAAGAUCACCUGCCACGUGAAACGAGUGGGUGGGGGUUUUGGAGGAAAAGUGGGGAAACCAGCCGUGUUCGGGGCGAUUGCUGCAGUGGGGGCCGUCAAAACUGGCCGUCCCAUUCGUCUUGUUCUGGACCGUGAAGAUGACAUGUUAGUAACUGGGGGAAGGCAUCCAUUAUUUGGAAAAUAUAAAGUGGGAUUCAUGAACAGUGGACGAAUCAAAGCCCUAGACAUUGAGUGCUACGUCAAUGGAGGAUGCACAUUGGACGACUCAGAGCUGGUAACAGAAUUUCUUAUACUAAAGCUGGAAAAUGCAUACAAGAUCCGCAACCUCAGAUUCCGGGGCCGUGCAUGCAUGACGAAUUUACCAUCCAAUACAGCCUUUCGUGGGUUUGGCUUCCCACAGGGAGCCCUGAUAACAGAAUCUUGUAUCACAGCUGUGGCAGCCAGAUGUGGGCUUCCACCAGAAAAGAUUAGGGAGAAAAACAUGUACAAAACAGUGGAUAAAACCAUCUACAAACAAGCUUUCAGCCCCGAGCCCCUGAUAAGGUGCUGGAACCAGUGUCUGGACCACUCUUCCUUCCACAUCAGAAGGACAGAAGUGGAAGAGUUCAACCGGAAGAGCUACUGGAAGAAGAGGGGCAUCGCCAUCAUCCCCAUGAAGUUCUCGGUCGGCUUUGCUGCAACGAGCUACCACCAGGCAGCUGCACUUGUUCAUAUCUACACCGAUGGGUCUGUGUUGGUUGCUCAUGGAGGCAAUGAACUGGGACAAGGUAUUCACACCAAAAUGUUACAGGUGGCCAGCCGCGAAUUGAAAAUACCCAUGUCUCACAUGCACAUCUGUGAAACGAGCACCGCUGUGGUGCCCAAUACGAUUGCUACGGCAGCGUCCAUCGGCUCCGAUGUCAACGGCAGAGCUGUGCAGAAUGCCUGUCAGAUCCUUCUGAAACGUCUUGAGCCCGUCAUUAAGAAAAAUCCAGAAGGUACAUGGAAAGACUGGAUAGAAACAGCCUUUGAACAAAGAAUCAGUCUUUCAGCCACUGGAUACUUCAGGGGCUACAAGGCCUUCAUGGACUGGGAGAAGCAGGAGGGAGACCCAUUCCCAUACUACGUCUAUGGCGCUGCAUGUUCUGAGGUUGAAAUUGACUGCCUGACAGGGGCUCACAAGAAAAUCAGAUCAGACAUUGUCAUGGAUGCAUGUUGCAGCCUGAAUCCGGCCAUUGAUGUUGGGCAGAUAGAAGGCGCAUUUAUUCAAGGAAUGGGCCUUUAUACCACGGAAGAGCUGCACUAUUCUCCGGAAGGUGUCUUGUACUCCAGGAGCCCAGAGGAGUACAAAAUUCCAACCGUCACUGAUGUCCCUGAGCAGUUCAAUGUGGCCUUGCUGCCCUCAUCUCAGACGCCGCUCACCAUCUACUCGUCUAAGGGCCUGGGGGAAUCUGGGAUGUUCUUGGGGUCAUCUGUGUUUUUCGCCAUUGCUGAUGCUGUGGCUGCGGCACGGAGAGAAAGAGACCUAGCCGAGGACUUCGCGGUACACAGCCCAGCCACGCCAGAGCGGGUGCGCAUGGCCUGUGCGGAUCGGUUCACAGACAUGAUCCCAAGAGAUGACCCGAAGACAUUUAAACCUUGGUCUAUACCUAUAGCUUAAGCUGCUGUCGUUUCCUGAGAGAUAUUUCCGUACUCAAGCGAAAAGACGGCUUCAUCGUAACUGGACUCCAAAUUGAUAUUCCUAUACUAUUGGGUGGGAGGGAGGGGUGAGUCAUAUCACAAAGUCUAGAACCAUUAUUCAAAUCUAACUACAUUAGCAAGAUAAAUCAUUUCUUACAAAUCAUUCACUUAGUGUCCUUAGCCUCGAGGCCACCAGACAAGCACAGCCGCGCUCUCGAAGCAUGUUUAAUGAUUUGCCUCUAAAAAAAAAACUGAGUAAAUGUUGCUGCGGAAGGACCAAAGAGGAGACCCCGUGUGCAGACGCCAUCUUUGCCUGAAAAACUCUCCCAACAGAUAAACAUGGCAUUCCUUUAUCCAGGGAUGCUUUGGAUGCAGGAGACACUGAGCCCCAGCAGGGCAUAGUUUCUGUGAGGUUUGGAUUUCUUUUCACCAGGGAUGGGCUGUUGUGGGUCUGUGUACGUGCAUUUAACAGAAGAGAAGUGGUGUUUUGUGUUAGAUGACUAUUCAGCACAUGAGCAUUCCCUUUGAAAUUUGAAGGGGAAAAACAAUAUACAGACUUUUGAAUGCAGUAUCACAAAAUGUUUUGCUUUUAUUUAUUUCUGUGGGCUUUUUGUGGAGGAGAUUGUUUGUUUUGUUCUUUGUGUUUUGUUUUACUUUCUAUGAAAAACAUCUGCUAUGACAUCAGAGCUUCAGAAAUACUGGAUGACUCGGUUUCCCAUGCACUGAAAUAGGUAACAGGGUGAGUGAAUCAUAAAUUGUAAUCAACCUCGAGCUGAGCUGGGGUUUCAGAUAUUUAGGAGUUAAAAUGUAGGUUGGUGAUGGAGGGUUUGCCUAGUAUGUCCUACAUCAGUCCUGAGUUUGAUCCCCAGCACAACAAAAACUAAAAACAAUAAAUGAUAGAAUAUGCAGGGUCCAUGGAAGUCCAGUCUGGGUUUUAAGAGCUUUCAAAGGAGGAGAAACCAGCAUAUAAAUUGACCAGAAAGUCGAGGAGAAAGCCAGCAGUCAGGGUUCAUAUGUCCUAGUGGAUGGUCUAGAAGUGGGCGGAGAAGGUGAGGUUGAGCUGAGAGCAGAAGGUAACUGGUGAGUGGUGCAUGAUGGGAAGCCCAGGGGUCCCGGAGUCAGCUCAUGUCACUUAGGGACACAGAUGCAUUGGCUUGCAGGGACCAGAGCACAGCUGUCCACAGGUCCAUCUGCUGACUUUAGAGGUUCCCCGGCCACAGGAUUCCCAUGGAGAAAGCGAGCAGAGGAACAGAAGACAGACUCUGGAGCAGAAGGCAGAGGCAGGACAAGCUAAGGCACGAGGGCAGAAGGGCCAGCGAGCUUUCCGGAGGUGGCUGAGGUAGAAAUUUGAAAUUAAUAAAACAAAUCUAAGCUCUCUUGAAAACAAAUUCCUUAGCUGAACAAUAACAAAAAUUUGCUUUAUCAUUUGUAUUAUUUUUAAAUGGUUAUCCAUAUAGUUGAGUUUUUUGGUUUUUUAUUUUUUAAUUUGGUUUCUUGGGGAUAAGGGUAGUUACUGGAAAUGUAUUUUCUUUGGUAGUCCUUCUAAACACCAAAAUGAGUGGGGUCUUGCAUACAAAUUACUCCUGUAAAUUGAUGUACUAGAAUCUGGAGAGUAUAAAUCUUAAUAAAGUCCUGUUUUAAAUCACA